CAUGCAUUACACAAUGAGCAAGCUAAGAAUACUUUGUCUGCAUGGUUUCACAUCAAAUGGAGCUGUGCACGCUCAGCAACUACGGCGAAUUACGUCACAGUUGCCAGAGUAUGACUUUUUGUUCCCGGACGGGCCGCACCAGGUCGACAUAAAGGAACAGAUGGACAUGUCGAACCCCGGAAACCAAGCAUGGUCAAAUCUUGUCUUGUCUUCAGGCCCCGCUGGCCACAGGGCAUGGUGGUUCGCGCGUGACGGAGACUGGAAGUCGAAGACCACAGGAGGCUUUAUCGGACUGGAAGAGUCACUCGAAUAUCUCGGAAGGUUUUUGCAGGAACACGGGCCUGUUCACGCAAUCUGGGGAUUCAGUCAAGGAGCGUGCUUCACCGGGAUGCUGUGCUCUCUUCUCCAGCCCAAGCUUGCCAGUAACUUCCUGCGAAAGCACAUACCGGCUCAUGCGGCACCCCCGCCACAGGCUGGCGUUAUAUUUUCUGGGUUUAGGGCCAGAUUUCCUCAGUACGACGGCCUCUAUGAGUCAGUAAUAGAUAUGCCGACGCUUCAUGUCUUUGGCAAGCAGGACCCUUUGGUCCGUCGAGAACGAAGUGAGGCUUUGAUGACGGUGUGCAAAGACCCCGAGUCUCUGAUUCAUCCCGGUGGCCACGAUAUUCCUAAGGCGGCUGAGGAUGUGGCUAAGAUUGUUCACUUCACGAGGAAACAUGUCCAAGGCGACCCUUCGACAGCAUUGCAGGCAUCAAUGUGAUAUUAUAAUGUGAUGAGCCUUCUAGGCAAGAUAUGUCUACUUUUGGACUGCCAAAUAACGUUGUGUACGGCUGGUUGAACAGGAAGUUGCCAUGAACGCGAAUUAAGAUCGAGAUGAGAUUUGAGGGUAACGCUCAGAAUUUGCGAGCAUCUGAUAGAGUGCUGGUGAGUGGACGAAUUAAGGAUUAGAUUUGCACGAUGUCGCCUGGCUGCUACUUUAAAGACGGAUAAAUGGUGGUGGCUUGGAGAAGCCGAAUGUAAAUCCGUUUAGAGUGUCUGUCAUUGGUUGCACAAAGGGAAGUCCAGAUGAGCACUUAGUUCAAUAAUGGCAUGGUUAGAGAAACGAGUUGAUUGCUCGUGAAUAAAAGGUGGCAAGGACCAAUCUAUCAUUCAUCAGCAUCCAUCUUGACGAGCCAUCGAAGGUGUGAGAAUGAGCGCGACAAUGCAUCAACUCCUUCAUGGAAACCAACAGCUCUACUGGAAAUGCACUAGACUUUCUGAUCCUGCGUUUCAAAC